AUGGGAAAGGACUAUUAUUCAAUCCUGAAUGUAAACAAGAAUGCUACAGAUGACGAGCUUCGUAAAGCUUAUCGUAAGUUGGCACUAAAGUGGCAUCCAGACAAAAAUCCAAACAAUCCAGAUGAUGCGCAGAAGAAGUUUCAGGAGAUUGGAGAAGCUUACGAAGUAUUGAGUGACAAGAAGAAACGCGAAAUCUAUGACAUGUAUGGAGAAGAAGGACUCAAAGGUCAGCCAGCAGGUCCUGAAGGACCAGAAGGAGGAAUGGGUGGAAUGCCAGGAGGAAUGGGUGGCAUGCCUGGAGGUUUUACAUACACAACGUCAAGUAGUGGUUUUCCAUCUGGAGGCUUUACCUUUCACACGACAGAUCCGUCCAAGAUUUUUGAGCAGUUCUUUGGCACGUCUAAUCCUCAUGAAGCUGAGAGAAGCGACCCAAUGGCGUCCAUGUUUGGUGAUAUGGGUUUUGGUGGUAUGCGUGGCAUGAGAAGCGGUGGGUUUGGGGGCCGUGGAGAUCCCUUUGGUCAGCAGAAACAGCCACGAGCUCAGCAGCUCAUGAGCGAGCUGGAAGUACCUCUAGAGCAGCUUUACACAGGCUACGUUAAAAAGCUCAAGAUCACACGCAAGGUACACGAUCCAAGCUCAAACCAAAUGCGUGAAGAGCAAAAGAUCUUAGAGAUUAAUGUUAAGCCUGGUUGGAAGGAUGGAACAAAGGUGACAUUUGCGGGGCAGGGGGAUGCUCUACCUGGACGUCCGGCCCAAGAUAUCGUGUUUGUGGUCAAGCAGAAACCACACAGUAAAUUCCAACGCGAUGGUGACAAUCUGCUGUAUCGCGCGAAGUUGUCGCUGCGAGAUGCAUUGAUAGGCAAUGGUACACUAACCGUCAAGACAUUGGACGGACGCGAAGUGCCUGUUCCGCUUGGAGGUGUCAUAGCUCCAGGUACAAAGAAGGUAAUUCCAGGCGAGGGUAUGCCACUGCAGAAAAGCCCUAUGCAGCGAGGUAAUUUGAUCGUGGAAUUUGAUGUGCAGUUCCCCACGAGUCUUACGGAAGCACAGAAAAGUUUGGUACGCCAGGCAUUCUAA